AACAUGAAAAACAACGACGGUUUAACUCCUCUAGAAGUUUUAUUUAAACGAAGAGUAGAAGAAUGCAAACUGUAUCUUCUGGAUGAAGAAGACCCUCAAAUUAUCGAUAUAGGCAAGAUUACUUGGAAUUCUAUAAGGAGUGUAAUCAAAUUCGUUUUCAGGUACAAAAUUGAACAGUGCUCAUUUUAUGUACUUUUAAGAGAAGGAGCAGAUGUAACUGUUAUUGAUGAUGAAGGUAACACAUUGCUUCAUCUGGUAGCAGCCAUGAGAGAGUCUCCCGACAAACAGGAAAUAUUGAAGAUGAUUUUGAAAAAAAUGCUUAACGUCAACGCCAAAAACAAAGAUGGUUUGACACCAUUACUCGUUUUGUGCAAAAGUGGAGAUCUUAGUCUUAUCCACUAUUGUUUGUUAUUGAGAGCAGGAGCUGACGUCAUGGCAACAGACUCUUCUGGCUGUACCCCCCUCCAUUUUGUCGUUAGAGAGAAGGAUAAAACGGAAAGAAAGCUGGAAGUGAUGAAGCUUCUCCUGGCGAAUGGGGCACAGGUUAAUGCUAGGAACUAUGCAGGAUCAACACCAUUCCUUGAAUUAUGUAGAAGCAAGGAGAGUAAUCUGUAGUUGUUUACGUGUCUUCUGGCACAUGGCGAGGAUGUUAGCAUGUCGGAUUACAAAGGUUACACCCCUCUUCACCUCAUCGUAGGAAACAACAACCCACUGUGCUACUUGUUGGUAUCCAACCGUGCUGACGUGAAUGCCAAGACGCAUCUCGGUAUCAGCACAUUUCAGUUGAGUUUCGAAGAUUACAAAUGUGCAGAGAAAUUGAUGGAAUGUGGUGUAGACAUGGCUAAGUUGUACUUUCCACAUACGAGUGAACAGAUGACGUUUUUCUGCGAGGUAACAUGGAAACAUAUAUUGUUGAGAAAAUCGAAAGACCCAACAUGGACGCAUCCUCACGUUGAGAAAUUCAUGGAACGUUCUCAUAAUAUGUUCCCUGAGAGAUUAAAGGCAUAUACAAGUGAGGUGAAGGAAGAUAUUGACAAAUUGAAAGCAGCGGGUAUUGGUAGAACUGGAGUAACCCUGUAUGAUAUUAUUACGUCCAGUAUGGAUCAAAAUGUAAAAUACUUCAGGGAUGAGAAGUUAGGGACCAAAUUAAUCUGGUGUCUGGACUCUCUGCCUGUUCCCAAUUCUACCAGUGCUUGAACAGGAAGAUGCAUCAAGCACUCACGAGACGGAGUUUGUUGCAAGGCUGUAUUGAUCGUCUUCACGUGAUAUUCAAUCGAAACAUUCCUGUGCCUUGUUUAGAAAAUAUUCUGUUUUAUCUCGGGGAAGAAUCCUUGAGAAAAUUGUUCAAGACAUAUGAACUGAUUACGGGCUCCAGAUCGUUGUAGAAUGUUAGAAAAAUCGAUUAUUUUCGUACUUUUAUAUACGAUGCUUGUGUCUUCGUCUAAGCAGUCGCGUGGUUUCGUGAAAUUUCAUUUUAAGGCUAAUAAAGCUUAUUUUAGAGGAACAGUUUAGCUACUUUUGAGGAACAGAGACUGCUCACACUUUCUUGUGUCAGAAUAUGCAAAGCAAGAACUUAAAUUCAUCUUCAAGUUAAUGCCAGAACAGUUGGUAGUAACCUGGAAGGAUAUAUUGCAGCGAAGAUCGAAAUACCCUACGCAGAGGCAUAUUCUCUUUGAAAAAUUCCUUGAACGUUUCUACAAUGUGUAUAUGAGGAGGGUAAAGAUAUAAAUAUUGAAAAGUUGAAGGCAGCCGGAUUCGGGAAAAGUGUAAUAACCCUGUAUGAUAUUGAAAUCCAAUUUGAACCAAAACGCAAACACUUGAAGGAUGGUAGUAUUAGGUUUCAAGUAUAUAAACUAUUCACUGUUUCUUGGAAGUAUGUACUACUAAGGAUCAUAAGGUCCACUUUGUCAGUGGAUGCAAUAUAUUAAAAUAUCAAGUAUAUAUUUUGAAACUACUGUUGAUCGAUGUAAAAGUCAAUGAGGUUAGACUCUUCAAGAACUCUGAUUUAGAUGCAAGGUUUAGAGGAAGUGCUCUUCAUAAUAGUUCAAUGUGAAUGGAGAGUUUUCUCAGAUAAUUUUAAAAACAAUAAAAGACGAUGAAUAUAGCAGAUAAUUUCUUUGUAUGUUUCAAAGACUAGGUAAUUUUUGAGUCUAUCGUUAAAUGGAUAUUUGAUAUCAUUUCUCCAUUUUUUUAAGGCUGUGAUGAUACUCAGGAUAUUUGUAAUUUUGUACCUAUUAAUGUGUUUUGAUAUAAAGACUGAUAUUUGUGAUUGACGUACCUUUUAUACCGUAACUUUAUUAAUUUAUGUGUGAUUAAACUAUAUGUAUACCUACUUAUCUAUCUUGUUUUUUUUCA